UUAUAAAUGAGGAAAACUAAGCUGCCUUACCCUGUGCCGAGCAGACCCUCCUACCUGUGUGAGGAUGGGCUCUUUGCGGAUGAAGACGGGUGAGGUGUGAAAGCGUCAGACAAAGGGCUCGUGGUUAGCUUGGUCCAGCCUCUUCCAGAAUGAAAUGGGACUUUUAGGGGGUAAAUAUUUAUUUAAGAAACAGGUGUUAAAGUGACAAGUUGAAGAAGGGACACACCAGAAGUGUUAGGUUGGCUCUGCCCUCUGGCCACUUCUCCAAUGGCCCUGGCCACCUUUGAAGCUCCGAAAGAAGCAGGUGGACUUGUGGAGACAAAAGGUGAAGGAGCCAUGUUUGACCACAACUAUGGGAAAGUCAACUCCAUGCUGGAGGCCCUUGUGAGGAGAUGAGUUGGUAAGAAGAGGCUGGGAUGAAGAUGCUGCCAGGAGUGGGUGUAUUUGGUACUGGCAGCUCAGCCCGGGUCCUGGUCCCCCUGCUGAGGGCAGAAGGGUUCACAGUGGAGGCCCUGUGGGGGAAGACUGAGGAGGAGGCAAAGCAGCUGGCUGAGGAGAUGAACAUCACCUUCUACACCAGCCGGACUGAUGACGUCUUGCUGCAUCAAGAUGUGGACCUGGUGUGCAUCAACAUUCCUCCUCCACUUACCCGGCAGAUAUCUGUGAAGGCUCUAGGUAUUGGAAAGAACGUGGUGUGUGAGAAGGCAGCAACAUCAGUGGAUGCUUUCCGGAUGGUGACAGCCUCUCGCUACUACCCGCAGCUGAUGAGCCUGGUGGGGAAUGUUCUGCGCUUCCUGCCUGCCUUUGUGCGCAUGAAGCAGCUGAUUGCAGAGCACUACGUGGGUGCAGUGAUGAUCUGUGACGCCCGCAUCUACUCAGGCAGCCUGCUCAGCCCCAGCUACGGCUGGAUCUGUGAUGAGCUCAUGGGUGGCGGGGGCCUACACACCAUGGGCACCUAUAUUGUGGAUCUGUUGACCCACCUGACUGGCCGGAGAGCUGAGAAGGUGCAUGGGCUGCUCAAGACCUUUGUGAGGCAGAAUGCUGCCAUCUGUGGCAUCCGGCAUGUCACUAGUGAUGACUUCUGUUUUUUCCAGAUGCUCAUGGGUGGAGGGGUGUGCAGUACAGUGACACUCAACUUCAACAUGCCAGGUGCCUUUGUGCAUGAAGUCAUGGUGGUAGGUUCUGCGGGACGCCUUGUCGCCCGAGGAGCUGACCUCUAUGGGCAGAAGAACUCUGCCCCACAGGAGGAGCUGCUAGUGAGGGACUCACUGGCUGUAGGUGCAGGGCUGCCUGAGCAGGGGCAUCAGGAUGUCCCACUGCUCUACCUGAAAGGCAUGGUCUACAUGGUACAGGCCUUGCGCCAGUCCUUCCAGGGGCAGGGGGACCGCCGCACGUGGGACCGCACCCCUGUCUCCAUGGCUGCCUCAUUUGAGGAUGGGCUAUACAUGCAGAGUGUAGUGGAUGCAAUCAAAAGGUCAAGCCGAUCUGGGGAGUGGGAGACUGUGGAAGUGCUGACUGAGGAGCCUGAUGCCAACCAAAACCUGUGUGAGGCGCUUCAGCGGAAUAACCUAUAAGCCUGCACAUGGGCUCCCUGCCAUAGGGCAGAGGGACCAGGGAAGGGACCAAGAGCCACGAUGAGGGGCUUGGCUGUAGCAGGGACAGUCUUUCAUUUAAUAAAUCAGCUUGGGAUAGGGCUGGGAGAAGACUGAAGGUGGCCCAAGGGAAAAGUCCCAUCCAUCACUCAUCUUGCAGGGCUACAAACACUUCUGUCUCAGCUCAGGCCAGCACAGCAUGUGUAGGGGGAACCUGCUGCGGUCGUCCUCUUCAUGGUUCCACUAAUGAGCAAGGCCAGUGAAAGCUAGACUUGUGGGCUCUAAUUUAUGGUCUGACAGGAUAAGAAAGCCCAACAAGGAGCCAGCCUGGUUGAAGCCUGAGGAGAUAUGAAGAAGCCUUGUUUCCUUGUCCUUCCUGGGCUAGGACAUCUCAGGAACUGUGAUGGCAACAAGUCAUCCCUCAGGGAUCCUCACCUGCCUUCACAUGUGACCAGGCCCUUCUGGCCCCUAGACCAACCCUUCCUGAAGAGAGGCUUCUGUAUUAGAUGAGUUCUCAGGGACAUCUGACCUAGGAAAGAGGGACCCUGACUUGGCAGAGGAGAGACAGGAGAGCUGUAGAACAUCUGAUAACUGUCAAUAAAUCAGAA